AUGAGGAGAAUCAUCGGCGUCUAUCUUAGCAGUGCAAAACGGCUGUUCGACCAAGUUCUCUUCUGUCUCUUGAAUUUCGGCCAUGCUGUUUUGAUUGGACCCCACAAUCCCGAAUGGCUCUUCUGCUUGCUCGAUAUGUACGAGGUUUUAGCUGAUCUCAUGCCGGAUUUGGAUGCUCUGUUCCCACAAGAGGCGGAGUCGUUAAUCAGGAUCGAGUUCCACGAGCUUGUGUUGGAACUAGGAGAAUCGAUACGCUUCAUUUGCUUCUUCAAGAUGAAGAGCACGGCCGAGAGCAUGGAGAUGAAGAGCGGAGCACAGGUGGAUCCCAAUCCCUCCUGUGCCUUGUCACUCACAUCGAUUUUAGAAGCAGCCUUAGACAAGAAAUCGAGUUUAUACAGAGAUUCUUCACUGAAGCAUAUUUUUUUGAUGAACAAUAUCCACUAUAUGGUUGAGAAGAUCAAGAAGUCAAAAAUCUGCCCCUACUUCGGGGAUGAUUGGAUCAGAAAACACAUUGUGAUGUUCCGGCAGCAUGCAGUGUACUACCAAAGAGCGACAUGGAGCUCUUUACUAACCUUUCUUCGUUAUGAUGGGAUAACCAGGAAGGCAACUCUAAAGACAAGAUGCCAAGAGUUCAACGCUGCUUUUGAGGAUCUGUACAAGAGCCAGACAAGAUGGGUUGUCCCAGAUCCUCAACUUCGUGAAGAUGUGACAAUAGUUUCUUCCAAGACGGUUAUCCAAGUGUAUCGCAACUUUGUCUGUAUGAUCAUCAGUUCUAUUGGCAAAAAGCACAUCAAGUACACCGAACAGGAGUUGGGAAUGUACGUCAUGGAUCUUCUUGAAGGAUCAUCGAAGUUACUGAGCCAUUCUUGGAAGAGGAGACAUGGAUGGCUUCAAAUGCUUACAAUUUCCUAG